AUGCAGCAUUGGGUCUUCAGAUGUGUGUAGUUUCUGUGCCAAACCUGAUUAUGUUUUUUGCCUUCAUGUUUUGGGGUGUUAUUGAAGCUUAA